AUGAGUUGGUGGUGGCCAAGCGCCAGGUCUAGAAAGACCAAAAAGUCCAAGAAGUCGACGUCGUCAAAGACAAAUUCAAAGACGAAUAUCAAAACAAGCACCAAGACCUCUAAUAAGCCUUCUAUAACAGACCCGCCAAAUGUUUACCGUCAAGUCCGUCCCCUGGCGCAACAGGCCUAUUAUACAGACAAUACCUAUCCUGCGGCUCGUCCGGCGACCACAGCUCCUAGGCCCAAACCCUCACAGCAGCAUCUCCUGCCACCUACCAGUCCGUACAACAACCAGCAUGAUACUCAAUCACAACCCCAGAUUCGUCCAGUUGGCUGUCUCGCUGCGCCGCCUCCAAAUUGGAACGCCUACCAGCCGCCCGUCGUGGUGAACAAUCACUACCAUCUCGGCAGCCCCCUCGGCAGCCCCCUCGGCAGCCCGCCGUCUUACCAGAACCUGUCAUCGAUGCACUCACAGCCAAACUUCCCUACAUCUUUGACACGCUGGACAGGAUCGAUGGUGAACCUUGCUAAAGAAGCACUGCCACCGCAACUGUACGACGAUGGAUUGGCAGCUUGGCACGGAUGCUCCCAACUCGCACAGUCGACUAAUACAAUGUAUGAUCGCUUCAAUGAUAUCAUGACGCUCAUUGAUCAUGAGAAGCUCAGUGGCAGUGAGAACUCGUUGUUCAAUUGCACUCCGCCUGUCCAAGAACAACACGUCGAUGAGAAGGGCAUCAAGAAACAAAAACACAAGGAUAAGCAAACCUGCAACGUCGCAGCGUCUGUUGUAUCAGGCAAUUACUUUUCAAAGGUUGAACAAUAUGCAAACUCGAAGCUCCCAGCGAAUCUCCCACCCCUAUCUCUACACAUGCCUACAUGGCCGCUCCUCUGCCUUGCAGCACAAUAUUCCCAGCGCGUGUACGAAAAGCCUCGGGGCUCCGAGCGCGAUGCCCAUGUCUCAUCCGACUGGCUCGCAGGUCCUAGACAGACUUGCAUCAAGUCCGUGUCCAUGGAUGCUUGCAACACCAUUGUCUUUGCCAUCCGCGGCACAGCGAGCUUCAUGGACUGGGCUGUCAAUCUGAACUCUGCUCCCGUCAGUCCGCUCAACUUUAUCGACGACUCGGGCAACUUGUGCCACGCAGGCUUCCUGUCUGUUGCUAAGAAGAUGAUUCGGCCUGUAGCUGCAAGACUGAGACAGCUUUUGCAUGAAGACCCUGCUCGGUCAAAGUACAGCCUUUUAAUUACAGGACACUCAGCAGGCGGUGCCAUUGCCGCGCUGCUAUACUCACACAUGGUGGCCCAGACAGCUGAAGCCGGGAGCGAGCUCAACAUCCUGACAAACCGCUUCAAGAGAAUACACUGCGUGACGUUCGGCGCACCACCCGUCAGCCUCCUGCCUCUCACAAAACCCGACUCUGUGAAUCUGCGCAAGAGCAUUUUCCUUAGUUUUGUCAACGAGGGUGAUCCAGUUGUCCGUGCCGAUAAAGCAUACGUCAAGAGCCUUCUGGAUCUCUACUCGUCGCCACCUCCGACUCAUCGCAAAGAGUCCAAGUCCCGCUCACGGUCCUCAUCGCGGAGCAAGAAGCCCGAGUGGAGAGUCCCAGCCUGCACACUCAGCAACGCCGGCCGGAUCGUCGUUCUGCGUUCUGGAAAUCUUCAUGCCAAACCCAAGGAUCGUAAAACGGUGCAAGAACGCCUCAACGAGGGCGUUGUGGCUGUCACUUGCAUCGAUGAGAAGUUGAGGGGAGUUAUCUGGGGAGACCCUGUUUGCCAUUUAAUGAAACUUUACGCUGAAAGAAUUGAGGUACUCGCCGUUCAGUCAGUGACUGCAAGGCGUUGA